CAGCCAAUCAUCACUUCUCUGCCUCCUUAUUGGCCCAACCCCUGUGUACUCUGGCAAAUGGGCCGCGAAGACUGUUGCAGGUUCCAUCUUUUGAGUUCUCCGAGAGCUGCGUGCUCUCCAGCGCCUGCUUUUGGACCUAUGGAUUCUCCAUCUAGCAUUUCUUCCAGCUCUUCCUUCUCCCUCUCUUCCACUUCUUGCACCUCACCAGUGAACGCUGACUUUGGCCUCCCCUCAGAUAGUGAGGGGGAAGAAAGGAGGGCUCCCCACCCCACACCGGACACUGUUGGGCAGAGUGGAGGUACUCGGCCCAGCCCCGGCCCUAUCCGCUGCAGACAUCGACUCAAGGUUUCCAGGAACCAACAUACAGCAUCGCACCGGGACCAGCGGCGCCUGGCUUCUCCCAUUGCAGGAUCUGGCGCCAAAAGAUCAGGAGAUGAUUUGGGAACCAGCCUAAACAUCCAGGGUUGCACCACAGAGGGAGACCUGCUCUUUGCUCAGAAGUGUAAAGAACUCCAAGGAUUCAUCCGCCCACUCACAGAUCUACUGAAUGGGCUGAAGAUGGGCCGCUUUGAGAGAGGAUUGAGCAGUUUCCAGCAGAGUGUGGCAAUGGACAGGAUUCAACGUAUUAUAGGUGUUUUACAGAAGCCACAGAUGGGGGAGCGUUAUCUAGGAACCCUUCUGCAGGUAGAAGGGAUGUUGAAGACUUGGUUUCCUCAUAUAGCUGCCCAGAGGUCAUCUCUAAGUGAUAGCCAGCACCAGCUGACCAAGCAUUUGCCAAAACACCACACUAAUCUGGCUGUUUCUUCUGCACCUCCCAUGGAAAAGAAGAACCAGACACAACUGAGACAUCUAGUUCUGAAGCAGAAGCAGCCUUGGCACCUUACAGAAUGGCCAGCCAUGGACCUGACCUGGAUCCACACAACUCCAAUUUGCAACCCCCCUUUCAGUUCCCCAGGUACCAUCUCCAUGAACCAUGGUCCCUUAGGCACUGGAACCAGCAUUGGCGUCAUCCUUUUCCUCCAGCAUGGAGUGCAGCCCCUUGCUCAUUCUGCCCCCAACACCCCAGUUCCACCUGCUAUAGCAUCUCCUGUCAUCGAUGAGUCUAAGAAACUAUCUGGAGAAGGACCUCAUUGCCACAGUUUGCCCAUGAUUCUGCCUUUAAACUGGACUUGUCUUCUGUCUUCUCCUGGUCUACCCACCAUGUUCAGAGAAGCACCCACUGGACACUUGGAGCAAAUAAGAAGCCAUCCUCCACUUGUUCUUCAUGCCCACCUUCUUAACCCUAACCCAGGACUUUGACCAUGUGACUUCUACUUUGUGUAAAUACAUGUUUAUAUAUUUUACUUUAAUGUAUUUGUGUUGAAAGAAGAUAAGGCCUUUUUGAUUAAAGAAAUUUUAUACCUAAA